GCGAGAUUGCCGCGCUGAAGGAGGCCAUGGAGGAGCUGAGCGCGCAGCACGCGCAGCUGGAGGCGGAGGCGCAGCAUUUGGCGGUGGAACACAAAAACGCACAGGAGGAUCUGGACUACGCGCAGCUCUGCGUGCGAAAUCUGCAGGCCUCGCUGGCCGUGUAUACCAGUAAUCGCAAUGGUGGAAACGGUGGAAAUGGUGGAAACGGUGGAAAUGGUGGAAACAUGGAGGGAAACGCUGGGAUGGAGUCAGGGAGUGGUAUGGGUGAAAAUGGUGGAAACGGUGGAAACGGUGGAAACGGAGAUGGGGAAGAGGAGGUGGAGAAGAGUGCAGAAUCGCGGGGAUUGGAGAAAAUGGAGGCACAAAGCUCCCCAGCCAAUGAAAAUCGUGGAAACAGUGGAAACACGAACCGUUCCGAAAUGAGCGGAACCGAGGAAACCGUGCAUCGCUCUCCCUCUCCAACCGUGGAAACGGAGAUACCCGUCUGUGCGGAGUGUGCGGAGAAGUCGCUUCGUUUGGACUCUCUGCAGGGAAGAAUCGCGGUAAUGGACGCGGAGCUCAUGAAACUCCGCCGCCGCGUGAUGGAAGAACAAGAAAUCGUGGCCAAAGAGAAGGAGGAGGCGCUGCUGGCGCUCCGCACGCUUCGACAGCUUUUAAUCACGUAUUUGACGUCGGUGCGAGGCGGAGCCGCGUUGAAGGCGCUGAUGGAGCAGCUGAAACUGUCGGAGGAGGAGCAGCGCGUUUGUGUGUUGAAAGAAGUGGAGAAAUUCGAGGAGCGGAAGGAGCAGAGCAGUUUGCUGUCGUGGCUGGGGGGCAUCGCGAUGAGCGAGGAAGUGAAGGAGACGAAGAAGGAGGACUCGAAGGAGUCGGUGACGGAAUUGUGGAAUAAAUUGUUUCAAUAUGAGCAAUCAGUGUGUGCGUGUUUGUGA